AUGGAAGUGACACAAAUUCAGUUCAAUUUCUGGAUUUUCUUCUCCAAUGCCAUAUGCGCAUUGUUGUUGAACUUCUCGAUAUUCUUGGUGAUCGGUAGAACUGGAGCAGUGACUGUCCGAGUAGCCGGAGUUCUUAAAGAUUGGAUUCUAAUAGCCCUCUCGACGGUGGUUUUCCCAGAAUCUACCAUAACGGGCCUAAACAUUAUUGGCUACGCCAUUGCGCUUUGUGGGGUCGUCUUAUACAAUUAUUUGAAGGUCAGAGAAGUUGGGGGACAACAAAGUCCCGAUGGUAUUCCUGAAAGGAUUUCAAAGGACUGGAAGUUAGCAAAAAAGUCGUCCGAUGUAUACACACCCGAUGGCAACAUCAAUAGCAAUGACGACGAUAUUGGAAGCAAAAGUGCGAGUUUGGCUUCUGAUUUCCCGUUAAAGUUGAUGGUGUGCUUAGUGACGGUUACAGGAUACAUAACAAAGCCAUUGGAAGGUACAGCAUAA